UGACGCAUUCACACGCUGAUGCAUAACAUUCGAAGCAUUUUCAACUAAUGAUGAGUUCCUUGAUGUACUUACAGGUUAAAAAAGUAAUAAUGGGUAAUAAGAUAGACGCAUUCUCAGAGGAGCAGCUAGAGGAAUACCAGGUGAGGAAUAUCUGCAGUCACUGUGUGCACGUUUCUCACUCGGCAGAAUAUUUUGAGCACACUGCUGGUACAUCCAUUCUCACUAAACUAACACAUUCACCCCGACAGGAAAACCCAUUCCGCCGUCGUGUGUGCGAGGUUUUUAGUGGAGACAGAUCAGCAAGACUCACUUUUGACCAGUUCCUGGAGAUGUUCUCAGUGUUCAGUGAACAUGCCCCGAGGGACAUCAAGGCCGUCUACGCCUUCAGGGUUUAUGGUAAGUCAUCCAUGAACUUUACCUCCAAACAGAGCGUUCAGUUGUUUUCCAGUUGCAGGUUACUUUCAUUUCAACUAAUUUCUUAAUCCUACGAUAAAAUAAAGAAUUAUCUGCGUGAAUUGUGUAGC